AUGCUGUCAUAUAGAAGUGUUAAAUGUCUGCUCCGAUUUCUGCUCCUGAUCACGGUCUUUCUGAUCCACGCGGAUGGCAAACAUCAAAGAUGGUACCUGUUGGGGUGUCAUUGUCGAAACUGGUCGAAAUGGCAGUUCAGAAAGAGCUUCAGAGACAGCGUACUUAGCAUGUACCGAGGGCUGUUCAUGAAUCCUCGAGACCUUCGACAACUUCCGGUCAUAAAACCGGAAGGUGUGAGAGGUCAUGGUUUGAAUUCAUACGUAGAUGGAAUUAGACCACGACCUGGGCCUGUUCCUAACUCAAGAAAUUCCUGCUGUUACACAGAUUAUGCUUACGAGGUGUUCAAUACCACAGUCAGUUCCAAUUUCCAGCUGAACGUCGUCCACUUUAAAAAUGCUUUUCAAUUUGUGCCAACAGGGCGGUGUGCGUCAAAUGUAAGCUGUGGAGUAGGGCAGUGUUUACAGAUGUAUCGCCAUCACUGGAUGUUAGUGUGGGAUGACAACCUCCCUCAUUAUCCUCCUGUUACGUUCCUACCUGUCGAGGUACCCUCCCAUUGUGAGUGUGUUAAUGUUGGGAGGAGUAAUUCCUAA